AUGGCGGAGGAUUGCAACAAAACUCCAGCCACCGGUGGCGACCCCGAGAAGGGUGUAAGCAAGCAGGCGAGCCCGGCCGUGCAGCAGAAGAAUGCUGGCAGCAAGGGUGCGUCACCAAACAAGGCUGCCGGGAAAGGUGAACCCACCGAUGAUCAACCAUUCGUGUCGAAAGGAGAUAAAAUCGAUACUAAUCUGUACCUUUACUCGGAUGACAUUCAAGAACGUCCGCAUGUCACCACGCUCAUUUCGUCCCUGGCAAACUACUCGAAUACGAUCCCGGCAGCGACGGAUCCCGAUGCCAAACCAGCACCUGCCUCCGCCCGCAUGGGCACACUCAUCGGUGUCUAUCUACCGUGCAUACAGAACAUUUUCGGUGUCAUUUUAUUCAUCCGUUUAACCUGGGUUGUUGGUACGGCUGGAGCCAUAUUCGGGUUUUUAAUCGUAUUAUGCUGUUGCUGUGUGACCAUGUUGACUGCCAUUUCCAUGUCGGCCAUUGCCACGAACGGGGUAGUACCGGCGGGCGGCAGCUAUUUCAUGAUAUCGAGAUCGCUGGGGCCCGAAUUUGGUGGCGCUGUUGGGAUGUUGUUCUACACUGGAACAACUUUAGCAGCCGCUAUGUACAUAGUUGGUGCGGUGGAGAUCGUUUUGACCUACAUGGCACCCUGGCUAUCAAUAUUCGGCGACUUCACCAAGGACGCUUCGGCCAUGUACAACAACUUCCGCGUCUACGGUACCGGUUUGCUGUGCGUGAUGGGUCUGAUCGUGUACGUUGGAGUAAAGUUCGUGAACAAAUUUGCCACUGUCGCCCUGGCAUGUGUCAUCUUCUCGAUCAUUGCGGUCUACGCUGGCAUUUUCGACAACAUCGAAGGAAACGAUAAGCUAUUUUUGUGCGUGCUGGGAAAACGAUUGCUAAAGGAUGUGGCCGUUGCCAACUGCUCCAAGGAUGAGGGCGGUGUACUGUGGAACUACUUCUGCGCCUCCGGGGAGUGUGAUCCAUACUUCAAAGAGCAAAACGUAACGCUGGUUCGCGGUAUCAAGGGAUUGAAGAGUGGUGUCUUCUUCGACAACCUGCUACCAUCGUUCCUGCAAGAGGGACAGUACAUAUCGUACGGAAUGGAUCCGGAGCACAUCGAACCAUUGGACCGUCCGAGCUACAACCAGGUGUACGCUGAUCUUACGACUGCCUUCACGAUUUUGAUCGGCAUCUUCUUCCCGUCGGUAACAGGUAUUAUGGCUGGCUCGAACCGUUCCGGCGACUUGGCGGACGCACAAAAAAGUAUUCCCAUCGGUACGAUCGGCGCCAUCCUAACGACCUCGACCGUGUAUCUGUCGUGCGUAUUGCUAUUUGCCGGCACCGUGGACAAUCUACUGCUGCGUGACAAGUUCGGACAGUCCAUUGGUGGUAAGCUGGUGGUAGCGAACAUGGCCUGGCCGAAUCAGUGGGUCAUUCUGAUCGGAUCCUUCCUGUCAACGCUCGGAGCUGGUUUGCAGAGUUUGACCGGUGCACCGCGUUUGCUGCAGGCUAUUGCAAAGGAUGGUAUCAUCCCGUUCCUGGAACCCUUUGCCGUCUCGUCCAAGCGGGGUGAACCAACGCGCGCUCUCAUUCUCACGCUGCUGAUCUGCCAGUGCGGUAUUCUGCUCGGUAAUGUCGAUCUGCUCGCUCCGCUGCUAUCCAUGUUCUUCCUGAUGUGUUACGGCUUUGUCAACUUGGCCUGUGCCCUGCAGACUCUGCUCCGUACACCGAACUGGCGCCCACGCUUCAAGUACUACCAUUGGUGUCUAUCGCUGAUUGGCUUGACGCUUUGUAUUUCGAUCAUGUUCAUGACAUCGUGGUACUUUGCACUGAUUGCGAUGGGAAUGGCCGUCCUGAUUUACAAAUACAUCGAGUACCGCGGGGCCGAGAAGGAAUGGGGUGAUGGUAUUCGAGGUAUUGCCCUGUCUGCCGCCCGCUACUCACUGCUCCGCCUCGAGGAAGGACCACCGCACACGAAGAACUGGCGUCCGCAGAUACUGAUGCUGGCCAAGAUGAACGAUGAUUUCACACCGAAGUAUCGCAAACUGUUCUCGUUCGUGUCGCAGCUGAAAGCUGGCAAGGGUUUGGCCGUAGUAGUAUCGCUCAUUCCGGGUGACUUUACCAAACGCGCCGGUGAAGCGGCCGCUGCCAAGCAAGCGCUCCGCAAAGUUAUGGACGACGAGAAGGUGAAGGGUUUCUGCGAUGUGCUGGUGGCAUCCAACAUUGCCGAUGGACUUUCACACGCGGUGCAAACCAUCGGUCUCGGUGGCAUGAAGCCGAACACGGUCAUCAUCGGUUGGCCGUAUGGUUGGCGUCAAAGUGAGCACGAUCGCACCUGGCACGUGUUUCUCCAAACGGUGCGCCACGUUAGUGCCGCACGAAUGGCGCUGCUCGUCCCGAAGGGCAUCAACUUCUUCCCGGCCAUCGGCGAUAAGAUUGCUGGAAACAUUGAUAUCUGGUGGAUUGUGCACGACGGUGGUCUGCUGAUGCUGUUACCGUUCCUGCUGAAACAACAUCGCUCGUGGAAGAACUGCAAGAUGCGUAUCUUUACCGUCGCUCAGAUGGAAGACAACUCCAUUCAGAUAAAGAAGGAUCUGAAGAUGUUCCUGUACCAUCUGCGAAUUGAGGCGGAAGUAGAGGUCGUGGAAAUGAUGGAUAGUGAUAUCUCGGCAUACACGUACGAGCGGACGCUUAUGAUGGAGCAACGCAACCAGAUGCUGAGAAAACUUCGAUUGAACAAACGUGAAAAGGAGAACGUGGUGGAUAACAUGGUGGAGUUCUCUCAGGCCACUGCUAACGGAGAGGAUCGAACACCGCUGGUGCAGGCCAUCGUUGACCAUCAUCAUCACAAUGAUAACAAUACCAAGACCGCGUCCAAGGUUCGAUUCGCUGAUCCGUCGGAAAACAAAGAAACUGGAAACGAGGAAGCCGACCGAGAGGAAAAGAAUGAGACUGAAUCCGAGAAGGACAGGGACACCAAGGAAGCCACCGAGAACGACAAGGAUGCGGCAGGUGCCGAUAAGCAUGCCAACAAUGUGUCCGUCUCGCCCGUCAAGGACAAGAAGGGUGGUGGUGAUGCAACGAAGGUGGCCGAAGAUGUGAAGUCGGCCUUCAAGCCGGAUGAGGGCAACGUCAGACGAAUGCACACGGCUGUGAAGCUGAACGAGGUUAUAGUGAACAAAUCACACGAUGCUCAACUGGUCAUACUCAAUUUACCCGGCCCACCGAAGGAAACGUACAUGGAGCGAGAGAGCAACUAUAUGGAAUUCUUGGAGGUCCUUACAGAAGGUCUCGAGCGAGUGCUGAUGGUGCGAGGUGGUGGUCGGGAAGUCAUAACGAUCUACUCUUAA